AUGGUAUGUAAUCCCUUAGAAACUUUCGUAGGUCCUUCACUUAUCUACGAAGACUUCUGCUGUCACUUGCGACGAUUUGAGAAACACGGCAAUGCGAAGUUGAAGGAUCCUUGGUCUUUACGGCAAAUGACGGCAUGCCAACGGUUUGACAUGGUAAAUCAGACAUCGACCUGGAUCUUCAUCAAGCCUAUGGAACAUUUCCAGAAGAAGUUUCGGAUGCUCCUCUGCGGUGAUCAACGAAACAACCCCAUGGCUCCGCACCUUCUUUGCCUCUCAAUGGCGUCAGAGAACUGGAGGUGGUAUAUUGAUUUUCUGCGAAGGCGUUUGGGUGAGUUCGUCGAGAAAGCAACAUUUGCCUCUUUUGAUGCUUCAAAUCUCAACUACGAUAUCAGUCUUGUGGAUAGCCAGCGCCUCAGUACGUUAGAGUCAAAAGUUACCGUGGCAAUCGCUGUCCUGGAGCAGAACCUCGCCAUCGGACGAGGCAUGAAAAGGCAUUGCAGGCGUCUUUGGCGGAUCAAAGGCUUAAACAUAAACCAAAGCCUACAGGAUACAACGGAGAGCGACAUUGAGAUGCAGUUGACUCACCUGGGUCUCCACAAAGCAUCCUGUGAGCUUCUGCUUCGACGUAUCCAAGGGACCUGUUCAAUGCUUUUAAAGAUCAACGAUCUGAGAAACGACAUGAUCAUGAAGGAUUAUAGCAAGAUAACGACUGAGCUAAUCGGAAUGACGAAUGCGCAGAACAAAAGCUUGCAUGCGAUAGCGCAUGGUGCGAAGCUUGACUCUCGCAUGAUGAAGAUACUCACUGUCAUCGCGAUAGCGUUUGUGCCACCAAGUCUCAUCGCAUCGAUAUUCUCGUCUGACUUGAUCAAAACGUCUGAUAGAGACGUAUCUGGCGAUUCUUUCCGCGUCAGCCGAACCGACUUAUACAUGUUCGGCAGUCAAUCUGGGAAGCGUAUACUUUACUCUGAUGUCCUUUUCCAGACGUCCUUGGGGCCAACUUUGAUGGAAGGAGUCCCUGAAAUCGACCACUGCAACUUCAUCUACUUCUGCGCCGAAGCACAAGCCCUAGGAAUCGAUUUCCUUCCUAUAACAUGGCAACCAUAUAUGGGCCUGGGAGGAAUUGGAGGGACGUCGAAGAUCCAGCAAUCGCUGCUGAGUGUUGAUUUCAGUUUGGCGUUCAAGUCUAUUGACCUUGGGGGCGUUCUGCAGGCUCGCCAAAAUGACGAAUUGAAAGCGAUGUAUUCGUUGUUGAGGGCAGAGAUUCAGCAUAUGAGGAAUCCGUGUGUCCUUCGCUGUCCCCAUAUCAUGCUAGUCGACGGUAUCUGCUGGAACAUUAAUAGUGUUGACGGCAGCAUCGAUCCUGUAUUGGUGUAUGAAAGAGCUGCGCUAGGAGACUUAUAUCACUACAUGACCUCUGGUGAGGGACGUUUGUUGGAUAUUGAGAAUCGGAUCAAAAUAUGUCGAGACAUCGCGAUAGGUCUCGAGACAUUGCAUGAAUGCAAGAUCAUCCACGGAGACGUCAAGCCCCAAAAUGUUCUUAUGGAUCUUGUCGGAAACAGAAUCGUCACGGCCAAGGUUGCAGAUUUUGGGUAUUCUAGGGCAUACCUGAGCUCCGAGGAUAAGCUCGCGGUGGCUCGUACAACACCUUGGUGCGCGCCCGAGGUCGCUGAACGGGCCGACGGGUAUUUGAGCCACGAGGCGGAACGGACGGACAUCUACUCUUUUGGAAUGUUGUGUCUCUGGAUGAUAUUUGCCAACGAGCUUGCAAAUCAUUUUGGCGUUAACCAAGACAUGACUGAUUUCAGCACGGCUGAUACAAAAGACCAGCACUUGUGUUUCACAAAAAUCAACAAGUUGAAGGAGGAAGAUCGUCUGCGACUCAUCUGUAGGGGGCUGACCUUGAAUCUUCCUCUCGAGCCAGGACAAAAGGUUAGCCUGACUAAGGUGUUCGACUCAUCAAUUUCGCGCGAUCCGUUGCACAGAACCCUCAACAUGCGGCGAAUUAGAGCGUUGCUCGAUGAGAACCUAAGCGAUCCCUCAGCGUUUCCCGCGGACAUGAUACCUACUCUCCACAAUGAGAAGGUGGACAUGAAAGAACACCAAGAUUUCCAGAUAUCCGAGAGCGUGCUGCAGUUCCUCCAAGGUGAUGUCCGAGUCAGAGAAUUUGUCUUUCAAUCCUUACUUCAUCAAGCCACAAGCUCCACAUGCGUCGCCUGUCAAUCGAACGCCGCGUUUCAGACUUCGAUAUGCUUUUCCAUUGGAUUCGGAAUACCUGCGGAUGUACAAUCUUGCCAACAAUGGCUUCAUCGCUCCGGGAAAUCUCGCGUUGACCUUGAACGAGUACUGCAUGGCAUGAAAGAGUUUUCCGAAGUGGACGAGCCGCACCUAUAUCACACUCAUCUCCUGAACAACCUGCACAAUGACGGGUACUUGCGCAACAUCGACUACCUUGACACUUAUCUGCCAGCACUCUCCCUCGACAACAUCAAAAACUUGUACAAACGCGAAAUUGCUGACCUUGUCUUUUGUCUCGGACCGUCAGCUUUUUUUACGAUGAGUUUGCAAGGGGUGUACGCGACCAUCCUCAGAGAAGCUGGCCUCUACCAGGAAGCGGCAGCUAUCCAAACUCAGUGCCUUCAACAACUCCUCCAGACUACAUUAGAUGACGGCACCGAAACACCGAAUGCGCAAGUCUUCAUGAGCGCGUUGGCUGAGACAUAUCGACGGCAAGGUGACUAUCAACAAGCCGAGCAUUAUAACACAAUGGUCAAGUCUCGUCGCACAGAAACUUUGGGCCCGGAUCAUCCUCUGACGUUGGCUUGCGUGCAGUUAGAAGGGAUUCUAUACCACGAAAGAGGCUUCCCGGAGGAUGCGGAGAGUACUUACAAGCUUGUGAUAGAAAAACGCAAGCAGACACUGGGCAUAUAUCAUGUGGGUACGCUUAAUGCCAUGAGCGACCUCGGAAAUCUGUAUCUACAUCAGAUGAGGUACAAGGAGGCUGCGGUGAUACUAGAAGAGGAACGGGGUCUCUGUGAGAAACUUCUCGGUGCCAACCAUUACAGCACGCUCACCACGCUCACUAACCUAGCCAACACAUAUAUCGGAUUAGAGGAGAAGGAGGCUGCGCAAGGCUUGCUCGACCGAGCGCUUUUUGGCCUGAGGCUGACUUUGGGAGAAGACCACCCCAUGACAAGGUCUGUCAUGGCCAGUUACGGUGCCCUGUACUACAGCCUCGAAGAGUAUUCCACAAGUCUCGACUGGUAUAAGAAGGCAUUGCUAGGGAUCGAAAAGCUGCUGGGAGCAGAUCAUCCGAGUACCACGCAAAUCGCUCGGUCGAUGGCUUCAGUCUUAGUAGCAAUGGAAGCUGAUUUCGGAGAGAUCAGCAUGAUGUACGAAAGAUGCAUUGGGGCACAGAAGCGCCUGCUUGGGGAGAACCAUCGAGAGUACUUGGAAACCCAGUCCGAUUAUUGUCAGUUCCUUUUUGAACGCGGCCACCUAUCAGACGCGGAGUGCGGCUACCGCGAACUCAUUAGGCACCAAGAAACAUGUUUGGGUCCGAAGCAUGGAGCUCUUGCUGUAUCACUCUGCCAACUCGGUCAAAUUCUCAGCGAGCUCGGAAAGGGGGACGCGGAUGUGGCAUUGAGACGGGCGGUCGAUCUAUCGAUGCAGUAUGGUGAAGGCAGGCACGAAAUGGGAUGGGAAUGCAUGGAGAAGCUUGCGGAUCAUCUCUGUCACACCGGAUCAGACCUGCAAGAAGCCGAGACUCUAUAUCGCAGAAUCCUCGGGGCAAAGCGCGCGGAUCCGAACAUCGAACCUAUCGAGAAUUAUGUCAUUCUCGGCUCUCUGGCGGACCUGUCCAUGGAGCUAGGCAAUCUCGAACAAGCAAUUGUGGUGCGUAGAGAGAUGGUUGAAAUCAGUGAGAUGUUUGAGGAAGAAUACAACGAGGAUAAAGUAGCGGUACUCGCAGAUUUGGCUUUCAUUUUGAACAAGAGCAAGCAGUAUGACGAAGCAGAACCACUAUAUCGCAAGGCUCUGGAAUUGGCAAUCACUACUUUCGGGGACUCGGGAGAGAGAACUUUGGACUUGAAAGCGCAUCUGGCCUGGAACCUGGAGCUCCAGGGACAACACGAGGAGGCGCGUGUCCUUGUGAAUGACGCAUUAGAGAAGAGUAAGGCGUGCUUGGGAAUUGAAAUGAUGCGGCUGCGACUGUUAACCAGAGCGGCUGCUGUUUAUUUUCGACAGGGUGACAAAGCGGCGGCCAUCGUGCUCAGCCAGGAGGUGCUUGAUGGAACUCGUGUUGUGUUCGAAGCGGAAUCUGAAGAACUGCAUGUAGCAGAGGCCAACCACACAUUAUACACGCAAGGUCUUUAG